CCCCAGCUAUGAAGUGGAGCCCUUGCGGGUGGCAGCGCAGAGUCCCAGCUCUGUGGUUGGGGGAAAGACACAGCCGGCAAAUGCGAGCAUCAGCAUGAGAGGCUGGACUUUAGCCCAGGUCUCUCCUCACCCUGGGGGGCCACCCGCUUGGCACUGUGCAUCUGCGAGGAGCUGCUGCUCGCUUGCCCCCCUUGCCAGUCUUUGUUCUAAGGCAGACCUUGUUCGGAUUCUCUAAUUAACUCCCUCCACUCCAAAGGGGUCCGGAGGCUGGGAUGCGCUGGCAGCAUAGAGGAUGUUGACUCUAGAGUGGGAGUCGGAAGGACUGCAAACAGUGGGUAUUGUUGUGAUUAUAUGUGCGUCUCUGAAGCUACUUCAUUUGCUGGGACUGAUUGAUUUUUCAGAAGACAGUGUGGAAGAUGAACUGGAGAUGGCUACUGUCAGGCAUCGGCCUGAGGCCCUGGAGCUGCUGGAAGCCCAGAGCAAAUUCACCAAGAAAGAGCUUCAGAUCCUUUAUAGAGGAUUUAAGAAUGAAUGCCCCAGUGGUGUUGUUAAUGAAGAAACCUUCAAAGAGAUUUACUCACAGUUCUUUCCACAGGGAGACUCAACAACAUAUGCACAUUUUCUGUUCAAUGCAUUUGAUACAGACCACAAUGGAGCUGUGAGUUUUGAGGAUUUCAUCAAGGGUCUUUCCAUUUUGCUCCGGGGGACAGUACAAGAAAAACUCAACUGGGCAUUUAACUUGUAUGACAUAAAUAAAGAUGGCUACAUCACUAAAGAGGAAAUGCUUGAUAUAAUGAAAGCAAUAUAUGACAUGAUGGGGAAAUGUACAUAUCCUGUACUCAAAGAAGACGCUCCCAGACAACAUGUGGAGACAUUUUUCCAGAAAAUGGACAAAAAUAAAGAUGGGGUUGUUACCAUUGAUGAGUUCAUUGAAAGCUGCCAAAAAGAUGAAAAUAUAAUGCGCUCCAUGCAGCUCUUUGAAAAUGUGAUUUAACUUGUCAGGCAGCCUUCAAAUGAACAAAGAAAUGUGAACUACUUUACCACACUUAAGUCGGAACUACCACUUUUAGCAUAGAUUGCUCAGCUUCACACUGAGGCUUAUUAUGCAAAUAAGCUUGGUUUUAAUAUAAAACAGCCCCCCAGACUUAAGUUCUCCAGUUAUACAUCUGCAUCCUUUCUGAUGUCACUGAGUUCAUGGGAUGUGCUAGCUCAUUUCAUACUCUAUGAAUACUCAAAAGUAAUAUAAUCUGGCAUAUAGUUUGAUCCUUUAGCCAUGAGACUAUUGAGGCUUUCAGAUGUCAGUGAUUUUAAAAUACCAGUGUUUUUUCCUAUUCACUUGUAUGUAUCCAGUCCUAGGAUUUUAAAUGGUUUUCUAAAAUAUAAACAUCUGCAUUUAGUUUCCAGAAAUUAAUUUUCAUUUCACUCCAAAUUUACAGUUAUUAAAAAAAUAACAAUUUCUAAACAUUAAUUUAUCUGGCAUUUUUUAUAACAUGUAACAAAUUAGUUGAUUGCCAGAUGUCAGUAUACCCCGAAUAAAACUUAUUUUAAUAAGCACUUCUUAAUUUUCCAUUGACUAUAGAAAAGCCAAGGCCUACAUGAUACAUGUAACUCUGGACCUGUUCAACUUUACAGGUAGACUGUUUUCUACUGUGUCACUAAGUGUAGUUUAAGAAGGUGUCAAACCAAGGAUGUUUACAGACAUGUAAAGGGCAAGGAUAUCUGUCCUCCAACACACAGCAAUGCUUGGUAACAUGUUACCCUUAACAGCAGUAAAGGUCAAUCCCAGCCCUUCCCCCGAUAUCCUCACAGUAUGUUUAUAUGACAAGCCACACAAGGAAAAAGAAACCUCGAUCAUAAAGCCUGCUAGGAACAACCAUGAGGCAGAAUUUACUUUGAAAGUACCAUUGAUUUUGUCAUAUUAAAAUCUAUUCCUAUGAUUUCCUGGAAAAUUAUACAAAUGGUGGGCAACUUAUCUGGAUUGCAUUAUCAUUUAGCUCAUGAUAGAUCUCCAACAAUUCAGAUUCCUUUUAAUGAUCUUAAGCCAAAACUGUAUAAAGUUGCCAUAACAGUACUAUAGAUGCACACAUCUUCCCUGUUUUGUAGAAAUAUCACAAGGACUGAGGCUACAAAAGGAGGAAGUUUGCAACUGUUUUUGCAACAAUAAUCAGGUAUCUAUUCUGGUGUAGAGAGAGGAUGUUGAAAGCUGCCCUGCUAUCACCAGUGUAGACAUUAUGAGUAGUACAGUACAUGUACACUGAAACUUGCCAUCACGUGUUUGUGUAAAUCCAAUGUGCACAUUUUGUAUUUCAAAAAGGAAAAAUAAAAGCAAAAUAAACUGUUUAUAACUCCA